UACAUGCCCCUAACAUCACUCACAAAGCUAAGGCACACACAAGCUAAGCCAUAUUCAUCAUUUCCUUAUAAGCCACAAAAGAUAAUAUAAUUAUUUUUCUCCAAGUAUGGCUUCAAAAGGAAUUGCUAUAAUUUGCAUGGCUUUUGUCCCAAUUAUCAUUGCCAUGAUUUCAGUACAAGUAGCCAUGGCUCAAUCUGAUUGUACAAGUACACUUAUUACUAUGGCUUCAUGCCUUAGCUUUGUCACCGGAAGUGCGAAAACGCCAUCGGCUUCUUGCUGCUCCGCCCUCUCCGGGGUGUUGCAGUCUAAGCCACGGUGCCUUUGCGUCAUUGUCAACGGUGGCGGUUCAUCGUUAGGAGUCCAAAUUAAUCAAACUCAAGCACUUGCAUUGCCUAGUGCAUGCAAUUUACAAACUCCACCCGUUAGUAAAUGUUACGCUGGUAAUGGACCGGUAAUGUCUCCAGAGGGUGCACCUACAGAAGGAGCUCCAGAUUCUUCGACUGGUAUAGCUGUCUCAGGCUCAAAAGCAUCAGGAAGCAGCAUCAUGUCUGAUGGAAGUUCUCUAAAGGUUCCGGUUCGAGCUGCUGCUGGAAUCGUUCUUUUCAUGGCUUCCUACGUUUUCAUGAUUUAAAGUUUAUGAAUUUUAAUGUCCGAGUAUCGUAGUAUUAAAUAAAAGUAGCAUUAUGAUAUGUUACAUGUUAUAUUGGGCUUGGUUAAUUAGUGUUUGUCCUUAAGUUUGUUGGGUGUGUGUUGCUUUUUAAUUAUUUGUUUCUCUAUAUAUUGUACCAGUAUUUGUGAUGCUGUUUUAACUUUAUUUCUAAGUGUUUUUUUCAAAUUAAA